CCUCAGCAGGAGCGAGCAGAGCCGUGCUCCUGGCAGGGGUUACCCUCGCUGGGACCGGGCUGAGACAGCCGAUACCGGUCCGUGUUCCUGUGAGGAGGUCAGUAAAGGAGGGCUUUUUGUGGCUGCCAUCUGCCUAUUUAAAUCAGGCAACAGCCUUCCAAACUCGCCGGGAGCCCGGCUGAGCGGCGUGAGAGCGGGCCGGCCGUCAGAGGCCAGGCGGGUGACAAGGAGCCGCCCCGCCGACAGCUCUGUUGUGCGCCGAGCCGGCGCUGAAGCGGAUCCUGCGUCCCGGCAGCAGCCUCGGCCGCGCCGCUCGCACACGCCUCGCCGCGGGCGGAGCAGAGUGAGGGGCGCCGAGACAGACAAAGCAAAGAUGGCAGGGAUCCUUGCCUGGUUCUGGAACGAACGGUUCUGGUUGCCGCACAACGUCACCUGGGCGGACCUGCAGAGCACAGAGGAAGCCGCUUUCCCGCAGGCGGAGGACCUCUACCUCGCCUUCCCCCUGGCCUUCUGCAUCUUCAUGAUACGGCUGCUGUUCGAAAGGUUCAUUGCUAAACCAUGUGCCUUAGGCCUUAAAGUCCAAGCCAACGGACCACAGAAAGCUCAACCUAAUGCUAUUCUGGAAAAAGUUUUCACAGCUAUUACAAAGCAUCCAGAUGAGAAGAGGCUGGAGGGCCUCUCCAAGCAGCUGGACUGGGAUGUACGCAGCAUUCAACGUUGGUUUCGACAAAGACGCAACCAGGAAAAGCCCAGCACUCUUACGAAGUUCUGUGAGAGCAUGUGGAGAUUUACAUUUUACCUCUAUAUAUUUACCUAUGGAGUACGGUUCCUGAAAAAGACACCCUGGCUCUGGAAUACCAGACAGUGCUGGAAUGGGUAUCCAUAUCAGCCACUGAUGCCUGACCUUCAUUAUUACUACAUAGUUGAAUUGUCAUUCUACUGGUCCUUAAUGUUUUCUCAAUUCAUUGACAUCAAAAGAAAGGAUUUUGGCAUCAUGUUUACACAUCACAUUGUAACAGUCACCCUGAUAACCUUCUCAUAUGUAACCAACUUGACACGAGUGGGAACUUUGACCUUAUGUCUCCAUGAUGCGGCUGAUGUUGUCCUAGAGGCUGCCAAAAUGGCAAACUAUUGCAAGUGUCAAAAACUGAGUGACCUUCUGUUCCUUACAUUUGCCAUUGUCUUCAUUGUCAGUAGGCUUGGUAUAUAUCCCUUGUGGAUAUUAAACACAACGUUGUUUGAACUGUAUGAAGCUCUGGGCAAUUUUCCUGCCUUGUGGGUCUUCAACAUGCUGCUCGUGAUUCUUCAAAUUCUGCACUGUUUUUGGUCUUACCUAAUCAUAAAGGCAGCCUACAAAGCUAUAUCAAAGGGCAAGGCUGGGAAGUGGAACCCCUUGCAUGUAGCAAAGGAUGACCGAAGUGACAUUGAGUCAAGCUCAGAUGAGGAAGAAACAGUACCUCGUUCAAAGACCCCACACAGCACUAUCUCCACUAAUGGGACCAGCGGUGCCAAUGGUACAAACGGAUAUCUCACUGGUGGCACUUGCUCAGAGGAGCAUUAAUCCUUGAGUUCAAUCAUGAGACACGAACAGAAAGAACUUUUUGCUACUGGAAGUAAAUUAUAAGUUGUGAAUGCGGUUUCUUCAUAUAUCUCAGCAUCAGAAAAAAUUAGGAAUAUCAAAGCAUUCUGGUAGCGCACUGCCAUAUUUCCUGUUUGUGAAUGAAGACAACACGCCAUUCUGUAUACGUAGGCAUGCUGUAUGUGUAUGUAACUGACACAAUGGGAGCAGUAUUUUCACUUGUACUGUCUUUGAAAUAUUAUUUAUUUUGUAUUCUUUUGGGAACUUCUGGACAAAAAGGAAUAUCCAUUCUCAAACUUUAUCUCUUGGGAUUCUCAGUAGUAAAGAGCAUUACGCUCAGAUCUCUUCUGUGCAUCCCUGUUGCUUUUGCCAAGUCUGCUAUAAGUAAUAGUUGCUUGAUUUGUUACUUACAGUAAGAUAGAACAUAGCUUUAUAUAUUCUAGAUCUGCUUCAGAUAUUUUUGCUAUCUUUGUGUUUAAAAGUGCUGGUAUUGAAAUUGCCUAUCAAAUCUCAGUGGCCGUUCCUCCAACAUAAAGUUUUUGAACACUUGAUUGAUAUAUUAAGUAGUAGGUAAUGUGGUCAAUUAGCAAUUUGGGGAAGAAAAACUGUGGUAAUUGUAGGAUAUUAUUUUAGCAUAAUUUAAAAUUCAGUUUGGUGGUUAAUUGCAUUAGAAGUAGACUUGAUUUAUUGUGCAAGCCCAAAAGCAUUGAUGUCAACAGUUAGGAUAAACUCAUUCUCACUUUCUUCUUUUUUUUCUUCCUUUUUUUUCCCUUAUGUUUUUUCACCUCUGCAGAUAUUAGUGUCUUUUUGCAGAGAUUCCAUGUUGAAAGUUGUUUGUUCAAGUGCACCACUGUGAAUCUAGACCUCACUCCUGUAACUGUUCUUGCAUGUUCAGAUGGAUGAGAGCAAGGGUGUAAUAGAAAAACCAGCAGAUGACAGGUUCAUUGCUUCCUUGGACACAGUUCAGUCUAGGUAUCGUUCUUGUUAUUACAUCACUUUCUUGGUAGGGUAACGAGAGAGAAGGCAGAAUGUCAUACAUUACUGGAAGUAGUUUAGUCUAAAUUCGUGGAAAUUUGAGCAAAAUUCACUUAACGUAAAUCACAGCAAACUUUGAACACUCAGCAGAAUUUCAUCACCUCUACAGGUAAAAUAAGGGUGUCUGUAAAAUAAUUUUGCACUCCUUUUUCAUCCAAGAUCUACAAACUGUGUCCCAAAAAAGACAAACUAACACCCAAAAUAAACGUCUUUUUAAACAUUA